AUGACUCCCACAGCACCAAAAGGGACGGAGUCGGGCGAUGACGAGUACCGGGGCGACCAGUCGGACAGCGACGACGAGGUGGACUCCGAUUUUGACAUCGACGAGGGAGAGGAACCCACCAGUGACCAGGACGAGAGCGAGCCCAAGCGCCGCCGCCGUGUCGUCACCAAGGCUUACCGGGAGCCUCUCAAGAGCCUUCGCCCCAAGAAGACGGCCCUCCCCACCGGCAGCUCCCAGAAGCCACGAGAGGUGAAAUCCGUCCCCUUGGAGCUCCAGGAUGACGUGGGAGACAGCCGGAAGCACAUGCGGCAGUCGACGACAGAGCACACGCGCCAAACCUUCCUGCGCAUCCAGGAGCGGCAGGGGCCGGCCCAACCGCACUCCCCCCGAAACGGUGCAGGAUGGGGGGUGAGGGUGUCGUCGAGGCGCUGAGCCUCCCCCGCGUUUGUCUCUGCUUUCUCAGAGAACUACGAGCGCCUAGAAGCCGACAAGAAGAAGCAGGUCCAGAAGAAGCGGAAGUGCGUGGGACCCGUUAUCCGGUACUGGUCUGUCACCAUGCCCCUCAUCCCGGAGCCGGGCAAGGAGGAGAAUGUGGACGUGGAGGGGUUGGACCAAGACCCGCAGCAGGCCGAAGCAGCUCCAGCCCCGGCUCCGGCUUCUGCUGGGAAGUGCUCCCGCACCUUCAUCUCCUUCAGCGACGACGAAACCUUUGAGCGCUUCUUCCCCAAAGCAAAACCUCCGCGGCUGCCGGUGCGGGAGAUCUGCCCUGUCACCCACAAACCGGCCGUUUACCGCGACCCCAUCACCGACAUCCCCUACUCCAACAUCCGCGCCUUCAAAAUCAUCCGGGAGGCCUACAAGAAAUACAUCACGGCACACGGGCUGCCCAGCGCCGCCGCCUCCGCCGCCCUGGGGGCCACAGCUCCCCCCGGCCCCGACCCCAACGUCCGUCCCACCCGCCAGAAGAUCAUCAUCAAGCAGAGUGUCCCCACGACCUGAGCUUCGGCAUCCGCGGGGGCUUGUGGCCGCUCGG